UCUAAUACCAAAGGCUGCCAUGAGAUCCACUAAACAAUUCCAAUUUGUUUGUUUGGCCUUGCUCUUCAUUUCGGGAGCGUGGCCUUCUAAAUCCACAGCUCGAACCCUCCUGGAUGCACCCAUGUAUGAGAGGCAUGAGCAAUGGAUGACUCAGUAUGGACGCGUGUACAAGGAUGACAACGAGAGGGCAACCCGUUACAGCAUAUUCAAGGAAAAUGUUGCACGCAUAGAUGCUUUUAACAGUCAAACCGGAAAAUCUUACAAACUUGGUGUCAAUCAAUUUGCAGAUCUUACAAAUGAAGAGUUCAAAGCUUCACGCAAUAGGUUCAAGGGCCAUAUGUGCUCUCCACAAGCAGGUCCAUUCAGAUAUGAAAACGUUUCUGCAGUGCCUUCUACCAUGGACUGGAGAAAGGAAGGAGCUGUAACCCCUGUCAAGGACCAAGGACAGUGUGGUUGUUGUUGGGCAUUUUCGGCAGUGGCAGCCAUGGAAGGAAUCAAUAAGCUCACAACUGGUAAAUUGAUCUCCCUUUCAGAGCAAGAGGUUGUUGAUUGUGACACCAAGGGUGAGGAUCAAGGCUGCAACGGUGGUCUGAUGGAUGAUGCCUUCAAAUUCAUUGAAAAAAACAAGGGUCUAACAACUGAAGCUAACUACCCAUACAAGGGAACACAUGGCACUUGCAACACUAAAAAGGCUGCCAACCACGCAGCAAAGAUUACCGGGUUUGAAGAUGUGCCAGCAAACAGUGAAGCUGCAUUGAUGAAGGCCGUUGCCAAGCAACCAGUUUCUGUUGCUAUUGACGCUGGUGGAUAUGAUUUCCAAUUCUACUCGAGUGGCAUCUUUACAGGAAGUUGCGGCACUCAACUAGACCAUGGUGUCACUGCUGUUGGAUAUGGAGUCAGCGAUGGAUCAAAGUAUUGGCUAGUGAAGAACUCAUGGGGUGCACAAUGGGGGGAAGAGGGAUACAUACGAAUGCAGAAAGAUGUAUCCGCAAAGGAAGGACUAUGUGGCAUAGCUAUGCAAGCCUCUUACCCCACUGCCUGAUCAG